UGUGCACAGGUCAUCCUGACAGUCCCCCUAACAGUGCAAGCCCAGAUCACCUACAACCCACCCUUGCCACUUUCCCGAUCACAACUUCUACAGCGAGUUCCCAUGGGGUGCGUCAUGAAAGCUUUCGUGUACUACGACAAACCAUUUUGGAGAGAGUCAGGUUUCUGUGGGUCCUCAUACAUCUAUGACAAAGACAGUUUGGUUUGCUACACAUUGGACAACACUCCUCCAGAUGGCUCCAGCUAUAAUCUUGUAGCAUUCAUCGCAGCUGAGAAUGCACGCAAGGCUGCAGAAAUGUCGGAAGCAGACCGGAAGUAUCAUGUGACACAAGUUCUGUCUAGAGUAUUUCAGUCAAAAAAGGCGUUGAAU